CAAUCGCCUCUGCUGCGCUGCCUGCUGGUGUGCCUCGUUCAUCGAAGCACUACAGCGUGCGGGGCGACGAGGACUUUGACUCGCUGUCGGCCGAUCAAUGAAUUUCAGUUGCUCAAUAACCGUCCCCCGUGAAUGACACGGAUUUCUGGCGAAGGAGAGUAGCUUAGCGAUUGGCCCCUCGUGAGUGCGUUUAUAGGGUAUUCCUCAGAAGCGUCCUUGUAGUUUGUAGGGAGUGCGAUUAGGAUUGAAGUUAAUUCGCAGGUGGAAAUCCCGCUUAGUACGUGUAAUCAAUCCUUACGGGAAUCCAAACAGCUGAUCGUGAAUUAUUGCAAUCGUGUUAAAUAUUCAUAGAGUUGUGCUAAGGGACAUACGGUUAUCUGGUUUGGUGAGGAAAUGUGAAAACUUGUUUCCCAUUCGCUGAGAUAGUGUCCGAGAGGUGGAAAAGUGCCAGAGAAGUGAGCGUUAAGAAUUGGGCAAUCGAAUCAAGUGGUAGAUUUUCUAUCUUUGCUAGCGGUGGUCAUUUCAAGCGACCAUGUAGGUAUCUGCACCGGACGGCGGUGGUUUCCUGAGCAUCUAAGAUCAACACCAGCAGGAGCGUGGUGUUUGCGAAUUCGCCUCGAAAGAACAGACGAAAUCAAGUGUCCGUCCGUCCAGUGUCCAGUGCAUGAGCUAGCAAAGUGCAUGGCGCUUUCGAAGGAUUGCCAAUAAAAGUUGAUAGUUUUACAUGUCCAGCGAGAAGUGCCGCAGCCGCGUGCUUACGAGUGCUUGAAGCAGCCCGAAAGUGAAUGCCAAGAAGCGGUUCUCCACGCCGAAGAGCAUAAGUGAAGUAGCAUAAAAUUAACUCUUGGCAAAAAAAAAAAACAAGAAUUGAAUGUGUGCGGUGGCGACGCGUGAUUGUCCGUGCAUACGCGAUUGAAUCAGCUGCAGUUAUUCAUAUUGGUCAAUAUUAUAACAACAGUUCGACCGUCACGAGUGGCAAGCAGCAAGGCAGGCAGUCAGACAGGCAGUAGGGGAAAAUGGUGCAAUGGACACUGGUUUGGGCCGGUAUCGGUGUCCUAACGGCCAUCUCGGGUGCCCUGCUCGGAUGGGUCGUGUUUCCUGUGGCGGUGCAUGAAAAGAUACUCGAGAACACAGAGCUACGGCAAGAGACGCCACAAUUCAAGCGGUGGGAGGCUAUACCACAACCGUUGGAUUUCAAGGUUUACAUAUUCAAUGUAACCAACCCGUAUGAGGUGCAAAUGGGUCGACGACCUCGAGUAGUCGAGGUUGGCCCUUACAUCUAUUUCCAAUAUCGCCACAAGGAUAACAUUCGGUUCAGCAGGGACCGAAGCAAAGUACACUUUUCCCAGCAGCAGAUGUACGUCUUCGACGCCGAGUCAUCGUAUCCCCUCUCUGAAAACGAUCAACUCACGGUGCUGAAUAUGCAUAUGAAUAGCAUAUUGCAAAUAAUCGAUACCCAAGCAAAGGAAACGAUCACAAACUUUCGCUCCGAUGUUAACAAUACUCUCGAAAAAAUCCCCGUAGUUAGAGUCAUUAAACGAAUAAUAGAGAAAACGACGCCGAUCCAAUCGAUCCUGCAAAUUGCUGAAGACGAAACGUACGACAGCCUGCGGUUGAUCAAUGCCGAGUUGAAUCGGAUUUUCGGCCGACCGGAUUCCAUGUUCCUGCGGACGACCCCACGGGAGUUCCUGUUCGAGGGUGUCCCUUUCUGUGUGAACGUAAUCGGCAUCGCCAAAGCGAUUUGCAAAGAGAUCGAGAAGCGCAAUACCAAGACCAUCCGGGUCCAGCCGGACGGAUCGAUGAAGUUUUCGUUUUUCAAUCAUAAAAACAUGACUGACGACGGGACGUACACGAUCAACACCGGGAUCAAGGAGCCCUCGCAGACGCAGAUGAUCGAGUACUGGAAUGGGAGGAGCACGCUGGACAGGUGGAUCAAUCAAUCAGCGGGCUCUUCCUCGAAGUGCAACAAAAUUGUGGGAACCGAUGGUUCCGGGUAUCCACCGUUCCGGGAAGGUGUGGAGCGGAUGACCAUUUUCAGUUCCGAUAUUUGCAGGACGGUGGACAUCAAGUAUGUUGGACCAUCGAGCUACGAGGGAAUUCCUGCUCUGCGGUACGAAACAGACAGCCAUUUCUUGAACGAGAUUGGACCGGAAUAUGGCAACGAUUGCUACUGUGUCAAUCGGAUACCGAAAGCCAUCGUAAAGAGCAACGGGUGCCUCUACAAGGGAGCAUUAGACCUGUCCACGUGUUUUGAUGCUCCCGUCGUUCUAACGCAUCCGCACAUGAUGGGUGCGGCGCAAGAGUACACCAGUCUGAUUGAUGGGCUUCAUCCCGAUCCAGAGAAGCAUCAGAUCUUCGUCGAUGUGGAACCGCUUACCGGAACUCCCCUGAACGGAGGCAAACGAGUACAGUUCAACAUGUUCCUGCGGAGGAUCGAUUCCAUUCGGCUUACGGAUCGGCUGCAGACUACGCUCUUCCCGGUCCUGUGGAUCGAGGAAGGAAUCGCUCUGAACGAGGACAUGGUCAAACUGAUCGACGACAGUCUGAUGAAGGUCCUGACGCUGCUGGACAUCAUCCAGUGGGUGAUGAUCGGGUCCGGUUUGCUGCUGGCGAUCAUCAUGCCGAUCGUGUACUUCAGCAAACGAAGGCCAUCGUCAGGGUCGAUCACGCCGACUCUCACGACGACCACGAGCACCGUAAGCAUUUCCGACGGCGGCGGCCUCGGAGGGAACCCACAAAAGUGACAUUCACUGACGACGAUAACCUUUCUGGACUGAUUCGACUGAGAUAUAGUGCGUGGGAGGUUUGAAAGGGCUGAGAGCAAAUGAGAGAGCUUGAGUGGUCAAGAACGAGUGAUCGAGUAACAAGUGCCAACACCAUGUGAAACAAAGUGAAGCAACGCACGCGGUUCGCUAUUAUUGUGCAUUUCAGUGCAAACUAAGUCAAUCCGAUUCCGUCCAUUUUAGAGGUAUUUUAAUCCAUAAUUCUUUUUUAAUCCAUACAGUAUAGAAGGCGGUUACAAAUAGCUAAUUUUAUGUGAUUUUUGUACAUAAGUAAAAUGUGUUACCAUA